ACAGAAGUAGAAAAAAAAAAUGUAGUGGCAUUCAGAAAAUGGAAACGAGUAUGUUCUCUAUAUAAGGCCGUGUACAAACCAAAGUCUUCAGAGAUCCAGGUUAAGGGUCAUCCAUCUGAACCAGCUCAGCAGCAUCCACAACAUCUACAAUGGCCUUGACCUUUUAUUUACUGGUGGCCCUAGUGGUGCUCAGCUACAAGUCAUUCAGCUCUCUGGGCUGUGAUCUGCCUCAGACUCACAGCCUGGGUAACAGGAGGGCCUUGGUGCUCCUGGCACAAAUGAAAAGAAUCUCUCCUUUCUCCUGCCUGAAAGACAGACAUGACUUUGAAUUCCCCCAGGAGGAGUUUGAUGAUAAACAGUUCCAGAAGGCUCAAGCCAUCUCUGUCCUCCAUGAGAUGAUCCAACAGACCUUCAACCUCUUCAGCACAAAGAAUUCAUCUGCUUCUUUGGAUGAGACCCUUCUAGAUGAAUUCUACAUCGAACUUGACCAGCAGCUGAAUGACCUGGAGUCCUGUGUGAUGCAGGACGUGGGGGUGAUAGAGUCUCCCCUGAUGUACGAGGACUCCAUCCUGGCUGUGAGGAAAUACUUCCAAAGAAUCACUCUGUAUCUGACAGAGAAGAAAUACAGCUCUUGUGCCUGGGAGGUUGUCAGAGCAGAAAUCAUGAGAUCCUUCUCUUUAUCAAUCAACUUGCAAAAAAGAUUGAAGAGUAAGGAAUGAGACCUGGUGCAACACGGAAGUGAUUCUUAUAGACUAAUACAGGAGCUCACACUUCCACAAGUUAUGCUCUUUCAAAGACCCUUGUUCCUGCCAUAACCAUUCCAUGAGUUGAAUCAAAUGUGUCAAGUGUUUUCAGGAGUGUUAAGCAACAUCCUGUUCAGCUGCAUGGGCACUAGUCCCUUACAGAUGACCAUGCUGAUGGAUCUAUUCACCUAUUUAUUUAAAUCUUUAUUUAGUUAACUAUUUAUAGGACUUAAAUUAGUUUUGUUCAUAUUAUAUUAUGUGAACUUUUACAUUGUGAAUUGUGUAACAAAAGUAUGUUCUUUAUAUUUAUUUUGCCUUAUUAAAUUUUUACUAUAGAAAAAUUCUUAUAUUUAUUUAUUCUUUAAAAUUGAACUCCAACCCUGAUUGUGCAAACUGAUUAAAGAAUGGAUGGU